AUGGUUGAAAUCGGAAAUUUUGUACUGUUUUGUUGAAGGAACUUGAGCGAGCGGGCCAUUAUUGUUAUAGCUCAGCCCAGAUUCUUGCUUCAGUUUCCAAUUCAAUCCAUUCUGAUUUUAGUACCGCUUCCGCUUCGAACGAAGAAUCAGGAUUCACGUCACUGCUCUUGCUGUUCCCAUUAUCAUUAUCUCACCAAGUGAUGAACGUUGACGAAGCUGCUUCUUCCUCCCCGUAAUUUGCAACCCUAACUCUCAUUUCAGGGAAGAAUUGCAUCCUGAUGUUGAAUUUGAGUUUGUGAAGAACCCUGAUUUCAGAAGGUAUUUUGAAACUAUUAUGGUUCUAUAGAGUUUGUGUGAGGUCUGAGCAAUGGCUUUUUAUUCUGAGGAGGAAAAAACAGAGGAUUAUCUUUUCAAGAUUGUUUUAAUUGGUGAUUCAGCCGUGGGAAAAUCGAAUUUGCUCGCUCGAUUUGCUCGAGAUGAAUUCUACCCUAACUCGAAAUCAACCAUCGGAGUCGAGUUCCAAACCCAAAAGAUGGAAAUAAAUGGAAAGGAAAUCAAAGCUCAGAUAUGGGACACUGCUGGACAAGAGCGAUUUAGAGCUGUUACAUCUGCUUAUUAUCGAGGAGCAGUUGGAGCUCUCGUGGUAUACGACAUUAGCAGGCGUCCGACCUUUGACAGCAUUGGAAGAUGGCUGAAUGAACUUCACACUCAUUCCGACAUGAACGUAGUAACCGUACUGGUAGGCAACAAGUGUGAUCUGAAGGAUGGUAGAGAAGUAGGUACUGCUGAAGGGAAGGCUCUGGCAGAAGCUCAAGGUCUGUUCUUCAUAGAAACCUCGGCCCUCGAUUCCUCGAACGUAACGAACGCUUUCCAGACAGUCGUGAAGGAGAUCUACAGCAUACUGAGCCGAAAAGUUAUGAUAUCUGACGAACACAAGAAGAAGGAUGGGAGGUGGAUGGAGAAUGGAAGAAGUACCGUAGUGUUACAUGGAAAGGAGGAAGUAGAAGAGGAGGCCAAAAGAGGUAGCUGUUGCUCAUCUUAGUACUUUACAUAUUCCAUUGCUCUGAAACUCUGUAUCUUAUGUUGUCUUCUCUGUAAACAAUAUUCAUGUUUGUACUUGAAAAUUAGUAGGAGUUAUUGAUUUGAUUUGAUUUGAUUAG